GUGCUUUCGACGGCGUUCGAAAAAUCGUGCGGGGCCUCGCUGUCAAACCUGCAUGCAGAAUCGAGAGCCGCGCGUGCCCUAAAGACGGCCGCGACAGCCGAUAAAGCAGCCAAAGCGAGGUGAGCAAGCCGCCAUGCAUCCCCAGUCCCGGACUGCAACUUCACGCCGUUCGCGCAAGCGCGUGGCAUAAACAAUAGCUGCUGCACCAAGCACUGUUUGCAUGCAUGCGCGGCGCUCAGCCGCCGACAGAUUUCGCGACCGCACCCCCGCGGAACGACACACCUGCAAAAUACACGCGCGCAACCGAAACCCUGCAAACGCCGUCGACGCGCGCGCGUUCGAACACCCGGCCGCGCUUCCGCAGGCAAAAGCAAGCAUGGCCCAGCCCUACGAGCCCGUCGACGGCUCCGCCUCGCCGCGGCGCAAGCGUAUUCUGGUGGCACUGGCCGCCACAGCAGUCCUCUUCGUCGGGGCCGUCGCGGUGUAUGGUACUCCUUCCAGUACUCUAGAAGACUUCAAGAAGGACAAGGAGAAGAUGUGGGCGCCGGAGCUCGAGAAGCAGUACCGCGAGUGCGCCACGGCUCAAAGAUACAGAAACGAGCACGUGAAGGCGGUUCACGACUCGCCCGUCGCGUCACUCUUCGAGUACUCAACUCUCAAGGGCGAGGCGAAGUUCGAGGCCUCCGACGUCGUUCGUAUUGGAGAGCACUUCUACUCCAUUUGUGAUUCCUCGUGGGCCGUGCUGCGCGUGCACGAGUCGCUGCCGAUGCGGAGCAAGCUGAACGCGCAUAUGGGCGACCCCCAGCACGGCUUCGCGGAAAGGGAAUCGGGCUUCGAGGGCAUCUUCCACGACAAGACCCAGGACGGCAUGUACGUCGUCCGCGAGGCGGUCGACAUCUCCGGCGGGCGGCGGCGCGGUAACUUUCAGCAAGGUGCCUUCCCAGGGUCGCGUCGACGGCGUCGGCGCGUCGCGUCGACGGCGUGGUGGCGUCGGCGCGUCGCCUCGAUGGCGUGAGGCGGACACAAUCGAUCGAGCCACGCCCUCGACGCGACUGCGGCGGCUCGACGGCGUGGCGCGUGGCGCGUGCGCUCCGCGACUUUCAGGCAGCUUACGCCAUCGACGCGAGGCGUGAAUCGCGUCCCGCGCAGGCGAGUACGCCGACGACACGAACCGGAGGCGCCUGGGAUUGCCGCCCGUGACGGAUCAUCCCAAGUACCACGCCAUCGUCAUGCAGAUCCUGUUGCCUCCUCCCGAUAGUGAUGAUACGGAUUAUGCGGUCUUAGAUAGCUGCCCGUCGGAGAUGCUCUUUGACGGUGACUCGAAGGGUUUUGAAGGUGCUCGUAGCAUCCGAGGCGCGGACGGCGUCUUAUAUGUGCUAGGAUUGUGCGAGGGCAACCACUGCUCGUCGCAGACGGGCAAGGACGUGGGCCACGGCAAGGUGAUUGUCAUGGCGCGCGAGGACGAGGGCGGGCCGACGGGCGGUUGUUACUGGAAGACGGUCCGAACGAUUGAUUUACCGAUGAAGGAGUUUGUGGACUAUUCGGCGCUGGCGAUUCAUCAUCGCACGAAGGCCGUGGCCAUCACGUCGCAGGAGAACAGUCAAGUGUGGGUCGGGGAGUUAUCUACCGGUAGUGAUGGCGAGUUCGACCCCAUGACGGCGGAAUUCAGCAAGGGCAAGGUCUACGACUUCCCGCGCGCCGCGACGUGCGCCGUCCAGUACUGCAACAUCGAGGGUAUCGAGUGGGUCGACGAUGGCGGGGCCGACGAAGAUGCUCCUAGAACUCUCGUUGGUGUUUCGGACAAGAUGAAGGGCAAGGGCAAGCAGCCGUUCACCUGCCUCGAGAAGGACCAGUCCUUCCACCUCUUCCAGCUGCCCUGAUCGCUCAGGGCACUGGCUCAGAAUUCUCCUCGUGCGCGCGCCU